UAAUGAUUAGGGUCGAGUCGAUUAUUUUAUUUGCACGACAAAGUGUUAAAAGAGUGCAAACGGUACAAAAUUAUCAUUUUUAUAGUUUUCUUUAUUCUGCUUCUAUGUUUAAAUCGUAUCUUUCAUUAAUAGACAUAUAAGACUAUCUGCACGCAGGGCACAAAAACAUGACUACAUGACCAACGCCGGUGUCAUGUUAUCUGUUUGAUUUUAUGUUAAUAAUUCAAACAUAUAAUAGUUAAUAUUCAGUGAAACAAAUGUCUAUGAACUACAUUUACGGUGGGCUAACACGAUGAAAACGCGAUCUAGAACACGUGUAGGUGCUAACACAAUGAAAGCGGGUGAUGAAACAGCGCCGAAGACGAAGACAACAAAGCCGAAGGGGUCGCGGCUGCACCUACUAUAUCAACCUGACGAGAACCCUUUGGUAGUCCCUAAGGUAAUCAGACAGUAUACAAGAAAGAAAAAGGUGGAAUCUGCUGAUUCAGUAAAUAAGCUUGCCAGUACAACCAGUAUAAGUGUGGCUGCUGCAUUAGAGGAUCAAAAUAAUUCCGUACAUCUAGUUGAUAAUCAUGUUAAAAUUAAAGAAGAAAUCAUGGAGAGUUUUCAUGAUAUUGAAAUUAUGGAUGUUGAUGUUGAAAUAGAAAAUCAUGUUAAAACAGAAGAAAGGUCUGAAUCACAGAAUGGAGUUACAGCUGAGGACAAUUAUGUUAAAAUUAAAGAAGAAAAUACAGUUCCGAAUGCAAGUUAUAAUUCAGAUCAAAAUUUUAAUUAUGGUAAAGCAAAUAACCAAGUGGAAAUUAAAGGAAAUAAAGGCACUUUAAUUGACAAUAACUUACACCAAAUUCAUUUAAACAAAAAUGGUGAUACUAUUCAAAUUAAAGAAGAAAGGGAAGAUACACUUUCAGAUGAAAGUGUCAUGAAUAAUGAUGUCUCCAUGAAUUCCAAUCUAAGUGAAACAGUGCAAGAAACUGCAAAAAUCAUUAUUAAAAUAGAACCAGAAAAUUAUUUACAAUAUAUGAACUCAGAACAGAAACAUAUAGAUGGGUUCCGCACAGAUUGUUCGCAAUCUGAAGAAGACAUAGCUGUGGAAAUAAACCCAAAGCCUGAAGAAAUAAAUUGCAAUAAUGUAAAUGGCAAAAUGGAGUCAAUUUAUAGUGAAAAAAACAAUGUGCAGGGCAAGAACAGUCAAGAACUUGCUCCCAUCCUUAAACAAUGGCAGACAUUGAAUGUUCCACAAAAAAAAAUACUGAUUACUGAAGAAAUUCAUAUUAAAGAAGAGGCAAUUAGCGACACUGAGGAUUGUGUUGAGGUAAAGGAUAAGACUCCAGUAACUACUAGCAGCAUUGAAGUAAAAGAUACGACUCCAAUAACUGCUAGCAGUAUUGAAUUAAAAAGUAAGCCUCCAGUAGUUACUAGCAGCAUUGAAGUUAAACAUAAGACUCCAGUAACUACUAGCAGCAAUGAAGUUAAACCUGAGACUCCUGUAACAACUAGCAGCAUUAAAGCUAAACAUAAGACUCCUGUAACAACUAGCAACAUUGAAGUAAAACAUAAGACUCGAGUAACUACUAGCAGUAUUAAAGUAAAAACAAAGACAACAGUAUCUACCAGCAGCAUUGAAGUAAAACAGAACACUCCAAUAACUGCUAGCAGUAUUGGAUUAAAAGAUAAGACUGCAGUAGCUACUAGCAGCAUUGAAGUAAAAGAUAUGUCUCCAGUAGUAAUUAAGAAAAACCCUCUACCAGAAAAAAUAAAAAUAAGAAGAAUUAUGAAUAUGCCUAAAAUUCUGAAAACAUAUGGUAGGAAACAACCAGAUCCAGUUGCAAUGAAGAAAUGUUUUCUUCUUCCUGUUAUCAACCCACCAGCAAAGAUCCUGAGAAUCGUCUCCCAGAAAUUUCCAAAGACCAAAGCUCAAGCGAAUCCAAAAUAUAUUUGUGACAUGUGCAAAGGUAAAUUCAGGAGCAAGGCCAGCAUGAGCGCACACAUGCGGUUCUCACACGGCGUGGUCAUGAAGCAUAUGUGCGUGGUGUGUUCCGCUAGCUUCCCACAUCACUACCUCAUGCUCGCACACUGGCGCGCGCACGCCGGCCCGCCGCUCGAGUGUGAUCUGUGCCCCAAGUCCUUCCAGUCCAAAGACAAAUACGGGGAACAUUUGAAUACCCACCUACGCGAGCGACUCUUCCCUUGCCCGGUGUGUCUCCAGCGAUACCCGGUGCUAUUGCAUUUACAAAGGCACGCCGAGAAGCAUACGCAGGAAGAUACCUUCUCUUGCAAUAUUUGUAAGGAGACCUACCGCUCUCUUAUUGAUUUGAGACGACAUUCCGAGCGCGAUCAUGGGGAAAAAGAAGAAUUUCCCUGCUAUAUUUGUAGCCGGAUUCUUUCCUCGAACGCAGACUUUCUUACUCAUGUAAGUACACAUGAUAACGCGUUCCAUGCGUGCGCUUUCUGUCCCAGUAAAUUCACCGACGCGCAAAAAUGGGAGGAGCACUCCGCUGAACAUAUUGAGAAGAUAGGUAGAGGCGAGUCCAUUGAAAAACCCUACAGCUGCGAAUACUGUAAAAAGUCCUUUGAGUACCAAAGCGUUCUGAAAACACAUAUUAGAAUGCAUACUGGCGAACGUCCAUAUGAGUGUCCGGAGUGUAAAAAAAAAUUGAAGACACAAAGUUCACUAACGGAGCAUGUUAACGGGCAUAAGCGGCCUUAUCCAUGUCCAGAGUGUAAGCAACGGUUUGGUAAGCGGAACUCUCUGUCGAGGCACAUGUUGCUGCACACUGGGGAGCGUCCGCACAGCUGUACGGGUUGUCCGAUGACUUUUGUGCAACGUUCGUCGAUGCUGCUGCACAUGCGGCGGUUUCACGAGCCCGGACUCAAGCGGGUAAGGAAAAAUAAGAAAGGUGCGAAAAAAACUAAUAAAAAGAAGGAUUGCUAAAGAGGAAAAAAAUUAUAGUGGUGAAUGAUAAGGUAUUUUUAUUUUAUAAUGUACACGUUGUACACGUGACGUCUGUAAACGUGUCGUGGCAUAAGUGGAAGUCUGGAUGACAGUCUGAAGCCCUGUAAAGUAUAGCAAUUCAUUUUCUUGUGCCCUCAAAGGGAAUCAUGCAUCAAUAUAGUUUUGCGUUAAGUAUAUGAAUUUUACACAAUGUGACAGAAACACAGCUGUAGUUAGGAGAAAAUAGAAUAGUAUUUAUUAACUAAGUUGGCAGCGAUUUUGAUAGCCCAAACGGUGCAAGUGUUAUUUAAACGUCAAAAUCUCAUAGAAGUCUUACGUUUAAAAUAACGACUUGUACCGUCCGGGCUAUAAAAAUCACUACCAACUUAACUUUGCCUUAUUCUAGCCGACCUGAGUUUUUGUCGUGUACAGGUAUUGUCUAUUUCUCACGAUAAGUUGACGGUAUUUUAUAUCGGGUUAUAACAACAUAUAUAA